UUGUCUCAACUCGGAGGAACCGAAACCCUUGAAUCUACUGAUAAUCACCAGGAAGUAAUAACAACACCAGAAAAUGACGAGCCAACACCAUCCAAAUCAUCUUUUCUUAGACCAGAAGACAUCUUACCAUUACCAAAGUCAAACAUUCAGAAAAAAAGAAACAUAAAAUGUAAGAAAUCAGAAAUCCUUACCAGUUCUCCUCAUAAAAAUCAAAUAGAAGCAGAACAAAAAGAAAAAGAAGAAAAGGCCAGGAAGACAAAGAAGACAUCAAAUAAAAAUAAAUCUACGACACCAAAUAGAUCGACACUGCUGGAAACAAGUACGGGUACAGAAGUUAUUCGAUGCCCCCUUUGUGCCGAAGUCUACGUAGAACCUCCAGAUGAAGACUGGAUCCAAUGUAGUCAGUGUGGGGCUUGGUGGCACGAUGAGUGCUCUGACUGUCUAGGAUCCGGAGUUUUUAAGUGUGACGUUUGCCUUGGUUAA